AUGAAGGCCAAGAAGGACUCCAGCCAGACCAAGGCACGUCGCGAACUGCGGUAUCGAAGCAAGAGCACCGAUGCCGAAAACCAACCCGCCGAACAUGAUGGUGCGGGGUUGGCCGUAGAUAUCCGCAACAUUCCCGCACACCAAAGACGAUAUCGCAGCCGGUACGAGUAUACUGGAGACAAGGAUGCCAUGGAUUGUGGAGCUGAAGGAACCGAAGGUUUCGAUGAAGCUGGUCAUGUGACAAACGACGACGGCCCACCACCCUCCCCCUCCUCCCCUUACGUCCACCAUCUUGUAACCGCCCUCGAAUCCCACGGCCACCAAGUCUCCGUCAUCCUCCCCAGCACCCAACGCUCAUGGAUCGGCAAAACCCACAUCAUCACCGACAUCCACCACACCACCGCCUUCGAUCCUCGCCGCAACCCGGACCUCCCCCAUCAUCCCGCUACCACCUCCUCAUCCCCAGAAUACCCUGACCCCCGCACCACCACCUGGACCCUCAUCAACGGCACCCCCGCCUCCUGCAUCCAGCUCGGCCUGAACAGCCACCAGCACUCCGGCACCGACACCACCACCCCCAUCGACCUCGUGCUCUCCGGCCCCAACUUCGGCAAAAACACAACCGCCGUCUUCGCCCUCAGCAGCGGCACGAUUGGUGCAGCGAUGGAAGCGGCGUUGUGCGGGAGGAGAUCUAUCGCGGUCAGCUUCGCGCAUGCCGAGGACGGGACGUAUGAUGUCGCGGAGGCGUGCGAGCAUGCUGUGAAGUUGGCGGAGCAUCUGUACAGGACGUGGGAUGAGGAUGUGCAUGUGUAUAGCGCAGGAGAGAAGGGGUUCGAGUGGGCGCCGCCGAGGUUUGGCGAUGUGGCGGAGGGGAUUGGGGCCAGUGUGGCGCCGGAGGAUAGUUGGGCGAUUCGGAAUGGGUUUACGAGUGUUACGCCGUUGAGAGCGAACUUCAUGCAUGUGACGCGUGUUGGAGAGUUGGACUUCUAA